AUGAUCUUUAGCACCAUCAGCGCGCUCUCGCUCGCUUCGAUCUCGCUUGCAGCUGCAACGAGCCGCGUCGUUUCGCCAAACGCGGCUGGCGAGAUCAGGUGCUCGGUCCUGUGGACCCCAGUCGGACAGAAGACGUUCGUCAGCGCGCAGAUUGCUCUGAGCAAGGAUAGCGCCUACGCUGCAGCCGGCCGUCAGGCCAGUAUGAAUCACCUCUCGCACAGUCUUGAGCUCAUUCGAAAAGUCAGGGCCUCUCAGUCCUUGCGAUCGAGCCGCCUGCACCUGUUGGCAUGGCUCUCGCAUUCACGCCGACGACCUCCUUUGGCUCACCUGGCCCAAACAACAUCGUCUCGUACACUCUCACAAAUCCUAGAACCGAGUAGGGCCUUUCGCUAUGCCUGUCCUGUCGCUGACGAGCAGGGCAGGAUUCACAAAGAUGCUAUGGGUAGCAACUUUGGCAUUGGCUGCUUCGGCGUCGGCAUACCCAAUCUCGCUGGGACCAUCUCAUCGCUCACCGAGAACCGAGCAGAGAGCGAUCAUGUCAAGCAAGGCUUCUACUCGGCUUGA